UCGGCCUGGCAGUGUGUGGAGCAGUACACUUGCGGAGGGGAGGAUGGAUGGAUUCGACGGUUGGGGCCUUGCUCGGGCCGAGCAGGGAUUAGCUCGCAUGUUUUCCGGAUACGGACUCGUGGGCAGGCGAUGCGAGCCAGUCACAGUUCGGCUUGAUAAUCAGGGGUUGGAGAGAAGGAUUGGGCCGAGGAGGGUAAAUAUAGGCGAUGCUGGGUUGCGCGAUAUGGUUCGUUGCCGUUCUCUGCAUUCCACAGCAUGGAAGGUUGAGGGGUUUCUGUCGCAAGAGGAGAGCCAUAGCAUGGUCCAGCAUGUACGUACGUACGUUUCGAGUAGGUGGGCGGGGUCUGCGGUUAGAGCGGAAAUGGAGAGCGGACUCCAUGCGCGGACUUUGGCGGCCAGUAGAUAGUCCUUCCUCAACAACAGCUAGGUGGAAGAGAAGUUUUGUCGAAGUGUUGGUGGAACUCCGGGAUAAGUUCCCUCUCUCUUCGUACAGCCCAUCAUUCGUCAGCACAAUAAUACCGCCGCACGCUCCAUCCGCACAGCAUAGCAAACCUCCGCCUAUCGCCCUUUUCCAGCAGCUCGAUAAGCUCCUCGAAGUCCGUAGCCUUCUUAGUCCGCCGCUGCUACUGACGGACGGACGCCAACCACACGUGUUUCCCGGGUUUUCUAUGCUGUGCACGGAGCAAGCAAUGGCUCGACCAGAGCCUGUGAACAAGGGCUAACGCCCCCGGGUAUUACAAGCAUAGAGCAUACACAGCAAGCAUGCGCGCCACACGGGCCUGCGGGCUGCGGGCUACACAGAAGGUCGGGAGAGAUGCACUGCACGGUUAGGAUGGAACAUCCGUCCGCCUCUAUGUAGCUUACUUACUGCGUCUGCG